UCAUUUUGCACGUCGAUGGUAGACCUUAAUGAAAAUUUUUAUUUUAAAUACGAUACGUAGUUGAAACAGUGCACAUGUGUUUUCGCGCGGUUUCUGUGCAAUAGGUGAUACUUAUAUAAAUAAAUUCCGUUAGUAAUAGGAAAUAAAUUAUAUACCCGGAUUAUCUUUUUUAUUAAUGAUAUACCUACCUACAGUUUGAUCUCUGGAUUUUUUAAUAGGACUAGGAUUGCGUCAAAACCCCAGUGUUUUAAACAAGUGCCGGAUUCCAAUGCAAGUGCUUUUUUAUGAGUAAAAACUUAACUUUCAGUAUGCUAAAUAUUAUAUAAAAAUUUUCAAAUACGUUUGACUUAAAACCAACUGUAUCGGAAGUUAUAAGAAGACAGUUUUUGAUAGAAAAAAAAACAUCAACAUGUCCUCAUCUGAAGCUGAUGUUGAUAUAAGUGUAGUUUCAAGUCCGGAACCAAGUCCGCAAGGCUGUGGAAAUGGCGGUGAUGAAGAGAGCCCUUGUCGGUUAAAUAUGGGCCCGUCGGUAACGUCAACGCCUAUUAGCAGUAACCACAAUACAACAACGCCCGCUCAGCAUGCAUCAGUGACAUCAGUUGUGCAUCCUUUACAUCAUCACCUAACACUAAGUCAUCCGGUAUUGCACCACCCAGGCCUGAUAGUUAGUCCUAGUAAUUUUAGUCAUUUACACAGUCAAUCGCAUCAACAUGCGCAUCCUCAAUUGCAUCAACACCAUGGAGUUCACCUGACAGCUGCAGCAGCGGCGGCCGCAGUAGCAGCAGCUGCCGCUAGUGCUGCUUCUCACAUGAAUCCUGCAAGUGCGUCAGGUCCAUCACCAAUAUCUUCAUCACAGCCAAAAUCCGAUCUAAAAGUUGAGCCUUCUGAUGCAGCGACGGGGAAAUUCGAUGAUCGAGAUUCAAAUAGCAUUAAUUGUAAUAGCAACAACAGAACUAACUGCAACGAUUCGAGUAGUAAAUCAACGACGGGUAAUGGAUAUACAAGCUUUUCCAUAUCAAGUAUUCUGAGCCGUAACGAUUCAAUUAAAAAAUCGAAUAGUGUAGUACUUAAUAAUAAUAAUAAUUCAUCAUUAUUCUCACCAAUACCACAAUUACCACAGUCUGGUGGUUCUAAUGGACCUCAAGAUGCGGCAAUGUUAUCAAGAUUGGGGAUCAUAUCACAAUGGGGAGCUUUAGCUGGACGGUAUGCGGCGUUAUGCCCACCAGGUUGGCCCUGGGCGCCACAACGAAUGCCAUUUCAUAGUCCUACUCACGACAGUUCAUCCACAAAUACUACUGAAAAUCCAUCACCUUCCCUCAGUCCGUUACCGUCGAACACAAAGUCACCCUCGCCUCAUAACAACAAUCACCAUCACAACCACUCCAGUUAUAUCCAGAGCUCCAACGAAUCUGAUGAUGAAAGCCAAGAAAUCAUUGAAGAAGACGAUGGCUGCAAUACUGAUGGACCAUCAGAUGGUUCCUCGCCACAUGGUGGCGACAGCUCGAACCAGACAAAACGGAAAAAGAAGACUAGGACUGUUUUCUCGAGAGCACAGGUCUUUCAACUGGAGUCAACCUUUGACAUGAAGCGAUACCUAAGCUCAUCGGAACGAGCCGGUUUAGCUGCUUCAUUGCGCCUAACGGAGACCCAGGUGAAAAUAUGGUUCCAGAACCGUCGCAACAAAUGGAAACGACAACUUGCUGCCGAACUUGAAGCAGCCAAUAUAGCAAAUAUGGCGCAUGCGGCCCAAAGGCUUGUACGGGUUCCGGUACUCUAUCACGAUGGUUCGAGCACGGGGUUCGUACCCCCUCCGCCGCCGCAUCACCACGGCGCUCCAAUGUAUUAUACAAGAAAUGGCAGCCCACCUAGACCGCCAUUGUCAUCGCUUGUAUAGGAGGAUGUGGAUGUAGUGGUGGACAUGGACGUUGCCGAUAGCAAAUCGAUUGAAAAUAAUGCUAGAAAGGACUCACCUCCGUCGUCGAUAUCUAUAUCAAAUUAUUCGUAUGGUGAGAGUUAAGUGGCGAUUUUGUCCGAUGUCAUGGCUCUCAAAAGCAAAACUUUUUCACACAUCUACACAGAAAUACUCAAAAAUUCUGAAGAAUUGUCGUGGAGAAUGGUUCUCUGUUUUUUGUUUUUUUUUUAGAAACAAUUACACGGGUUUCAAAUAAAUUAUACUCGUAAAAAAUAAAUUUUGAAGUUAAAAAAAAUAUAUAUCUUUGUUCCUAUAAUGUAAAAACAAACUUUUUAUCUCUAAUAUCUACCUACCUAUAUAUACUAUUAUAUCUUUCUUUAUUGUCCCUAAUAAUUAUAACUGUAAGUAGCCCGUUUUUUAAUGUUUGUGUAUAAAUUAAUCAUAUGGACUUAAAAACAGUUUUGUACAUAGAGCACCCAUUAAAAUAAAAAAAAACAAAAUUUUAAGCACUCAAUUCCUUUCGAUUUGUUUAAAUUGGAAAAUAAAUUUAUAACAAUAUUAAAAUGAUGAAAUGUGUUUCAUGUGUAUAAAUAUUAUUCAUGUAAUUUAUUUAAAAUGUGAAUUAGAAUCAGUAUACAGUAAUUUAUAUGAUUAGAGUAUAUACAUUUAUUGAGUAAGCUUUGAACAAAUUUAUCGUACAUUUGUAGUUGUAAAAAUUGUAAUUUAAGAUAGCCUUUAAGAUAAAACAAAAUAAUAAGAAGCCAAAAAUUAAAAUUAAUAUAAAUUAAUUAAUUAUGUAUAAGAAUUAAGUAUAGAUAGAUUAUAUUAUGCAUUGUAUUUUAAAUGAAAAAAAAACAGACAAAAAAUAUAUACAACACAGCUUUAGUUAUUCAUUGAAAAAAAAAUUGUUUUAAUUAAUUAACUUGCUUUAACGGAAGAAAAAUGAUUACCUUAGCCUUCACAGAAAUUAGUAAUUUGUGAUAGAUGACAGUUACAAAAAUAAAAUCGGUCUCCAUAAGGUGAUUGUCACAUG